AGUGUGCUUCUACUACUAGUCACACUCUUGAGGAUCCCCAAAGACCUCAUCCUCUCAAAAUUCAAUGGCCAAAAACCUUCCAAACGUCCUUGUUCUUGGUCCACCAACAUGCUUCUCAACUUUCGAAUCACUUUACUCUCACAAAUUCAAUUUCCUUAACCCCAAAACCUCAAAUCUUCCACUUCAACAAUUCAUACUUACCCACCGCCACAAUCCAUCAACAAUUCCGGCCAUAUUAUGCGGCGCUGUAUGUUCCAUCACAGUCGAUAUCCUCGAUCUCCUCCCAUCGCUCCGUCUAGUCGUCACCUCCAGUGUUGGAACUGACCACAUUGACCUUCAUGAGUGUCGUCGCCGUGGAAUUCAGGUUGCCGGUGCCGGAGGAGUUUUGUCUGAGGAUGUGGCUGAUGCAGCGGUGGCGUUGCUUAUUGCUGUUAUGAGGAAAAUGACGGUGGCAGAUCGAUAUGUGAGGACGCGGUGGGACCAUUCUGGCCCUUGGGAUUUUCCCCUUGGCUAUAAGUUAUCAGGCAAGCGAGUUGGAAUUGUUGGAUUAGGAAGUAUUGGCAUGGGAGUCGCAAAACGGCUCGAGUCAUUUGAUUGCAUUAUCUUGUACCAUUCUAAGCAUAAACAAUCAUCAAUUUCAUACCCUUUCUAUUCCAACGUUGUUGAUCUCGCAACUUCUAGCGACGCACUUGUGGUGUGUUGCGCUCUAAAUAACGAAACACGACACAUAAUAAAUAGGGAAGUCCUUUUAGCAUUAGGUAAAAAAGGGUUUAUUGUCAAUGUUGGAAGAGGAAGUCUUAUUGAUGAGAAACAAUUGAUCAAGUGUUUGAUGGAUGGAGAAAUUGGAGGUGCUGGUUUAGAUGUGUUUGAGAAUGAACCUCGUGUUCCUAAAGAUCUCUUUGCAAUGGAUAAUGUGGUUUUAUCUCCACAUUCAGCUUCUUUAACUGCUGAAUCAACAUUGAGUUUGUGUGAACUUGUGGCUGGGAAUUUUGAAGCUUUCUUUUUAAAUAAGCCACUGAUUAGUCCCGUGAUUUUAGCUGAGUAACUGAUUCUCUCAUGGGAUUAUAUCAGGAUUGUAUGUACUUAAAAAUACUUUUAUAUUAGAUUAAUUUUAUGAAUAUCAAGUUCGAGAAA